CAGGGUGUCAUCAUGGUGUCAUGGAUCAUUCAGAUGACUGUAAUACUGCUUUCUGCCUUCAUCAACAGCAGCCAGAGCAAGAGAGAUAUGGUGUUGUAUUGUUCAGCAUGCAAGGCAAUAGUGGAAGAACUGAACCACUCAAUCAGUCAGGUGGACCCAAAGAAGACCAUCAAUGUGGGCAGUUUUCGACUGAACCCCGAUGGAACCAUGAAAGACAAAAAGGUUCCAUUUGCUCGCUCGGAGACACACCUCAGUGAGCUCCUGGAUCAGGUGUGCAACAGCAUGAGCGACUACGCCCUAUACACGGACCCAGACACCCAGAGCCGGCAGUACAGGAGGUUUGCUCCCAGAAGCAGUGAGGCCAUGGGGGACUUCCCAGACUUUAAACAGUUCCAUUUUGAUGGGCCCGAGGCGUCUGAUGCCCUGAAGUUUGCAUGUGAAACGGUGGUGGAGGAACUGGAGGAUGAUAUAGUCUCUCUGUUCAGUCAGGAUGGAAAGAACAUGGAAGAGGAAUUGUGCAACAGAGUGUCAGGUUACUGUAAAGAUGGCAGUCACCUAAACGAGGAGUUGUAGUGUUUCCAGGGCUCCUCCACAGGAUUUUCUCAGUCAACCACCUCCUGUUGUCAUCAUUGA